AUGGCCCAAAUUGAGUCAGUAGCAGACCUUCUCAAGAAGCAUGCAAAGACGCGUGGGCACCAGAUAGCCUUUUUCACAGCUACUGGAGAGACUGUCACAUAUAACGAUCUCGAGAAGCGAACACGUCAAAUCGCUCUCAACCUUUUAAAUGCAGGGAUAUCUCGGGAAUGUCGAGUAGUUAUAGUGCUUGGGAGCAGCAUUGAGGCUAUUGAGGGCAUUUUCGCUAUUACACGCGCCGCUGCGGUCGGUGUUCUUCUUGAUGCACGAUCAUCACAGGUUGAGCUCACCAGGGCAUUUGAGAGCAGUCGCCAUGCUAAGGGUGUCUUUACCUCCCAAUACGCGUUCAUGUGGACAGCCGUGAAUAGUCUUCAACUUGCCACUUCACUCAAUCUUACAGCCGCCGAUAAAAUAUUCUGGCCGCUGCCUCUGUUCCAUGCAUUUGGCCAUUUAUUAUGUGUCAUUGGUACGCUAUCCGUUGGUGCGAGCGCUCAUCUUGUUGGCGAGCAGCCUUUACUUAACAGUCUCUUGCAGAGCAAAGAGUCAACUAUCAUCGGAGGAGCCCCUGUCAUAUUCCAAGAAAUCACAAAAUCCGCAGAUCGACAAGCGUUAGCUCAAAUUCGGCCUAGAGCAUGCAUAGCCGGUGGGGCAGCUACACCAACAGGACUAAGUUCUGAGGUUCAAUCGUUGUUUGGAGUUCCUUUAAGCUUCCAAUACGGAAGCACGGAAUGCGGUCUAAUUGCUACUGAUAUUGGCAUACAUGGAGGCAUGUAUCUGGGAGCCUCAUGCGGAUCACCUCCACAAGGCGUUGAUGUUCAAAUCCGAACAUUGGGACCGAAUGGGCAGUUAUUAGCAGAAGCAGCAGAUGGAGACGAGGGCGAGAUAUGUGUUCGGAGUGCUAGUUUUAUGCUUGGAUACAAUGAUGACAGCUUGUCUCCUUCCACAAUCGAAGAUGGCUGGUACCGAACCGGUGAUCUGGGACGUCAAGAGGGUAUACCAGGAACAGGACAAAGGAUCUUGACGGUUACGGGCGGAUAA